AGCAUUAUAUGUGACUGUGCAAAAGAGGCCGAAAGGAAAGGAUAUCGUGUUUUUGGUAUUCAAUUUUACGGAGAAUGCUGGGGUAGCCAUUCCUUCAUCCCGAGCCGUCGCUACAGACCGGUACGACGCUGCAUUGAUGAACAAUUCAAGAAAUGUGCCAAGAAUGGAUCGAACACAACAUGUACUGGGGAGAAUUGGGCAAAUUUCAUUUAUAAGUUACAGCAGGUCUGUGUUUGGUUUACUUUUGCUUGUUUCUUUAUUGACAAUUUUGAGGUUUGCGCUGGGUCAGUUAAAAUUGCUAAGACCGUUUUGUGGGACGAAUUUUGACCCCGCCUUCUAGCACAACUCUUUAAUAGUCACCAGCACACGAGACAAUAAGCAAGUGAUAACGUCCCCAAACAUUUCCUGGCCAUGUUCUAAAUCAGCGGAAAAUAGUACGACUUAUGAACGCAAAAGCUCUAAAGAAAUCUUCCUAGGGACAGCAAAACCAUGGCGGACAGCAGCAAGCCACUUGUUGCUCUCUGAAGGAGACAUACUUAGCGCAUCAGGGUCUUUGAGAAUUCGACUGUAUUAGUAAAAAAAAAGUUGCAUUUCUGACUCUAUUUUUGCUGUUUGGAACACAGCAUUUGUAGUAGGUCGUGCUGUUCCUCCAGACGACCACAAGAAGCUUUGUGACUGCAUAUCGUGCCCAGUUUUUCACACGUUUAGAACUUAGCGAAUCAACAACCCAGUCUCAUGGGAAAUCUCGUAGGGUUUGUCAAUAAGGGGUACAAAGAAGGGGCUGUGAACGGGGAAUGUCGGGAAACAGGGAUUUACCUUCCUUCUGGUAAAAUGGGAUUCUAAUUCAUUGGGACUUGCGUUUCAACACGAAGUUUUGCAACUAAUGGCUCGAGUUUGAAUUUGGCACAAACUUUGAAUGGGACAUGGCGAUAUGUGUACCCCCACUCACCACAUGCUGACAGGAAGGUUUGCCUGACAUUUUAUGUUUGGUGUAAUAUGACUGUUCACUUUAUAAGCUUCAAUAGCCCACGUUCGAUAUAUUAAAAUUUAAACAUGACUUCGAGGCUUUCUGGUCAAUCGGUCUUUAUUUGGUUUGCAUGGUUUUCUUUGUGCUCAAUUCUUUUCUGAGUAUUGUGAGACAAUUGGAGUCAUGACAACUUGCAAUUUUGACCCUAAAGUCUCGGAGUCAUGUUAGAAUUUUAAUAUAUCGAACGUGGGCUAUUCUUUGUUAACUUUUGUAUUAUUUUUCAAUAUUUUUCAGCCACCUGCGUCCCACCGAAUAGGGCAAAAAGGUAUCAUUAGAUCUUCUCUUACUUUUAAUUUUCACUUGAUCUGGAGAGUGUUUUCUCUUUCCCUGUACUUUUCAAAGAUCUCGUAACCUGCGUGAACGGCAUUUGGGCAAAAGGGGAGGAAAAAAAGAGAAUCUUGAUGCGUGAGGGAGGAGAGAAGGCGAUGCCUUCAAAAGGGGCAUUGUUCGACCAGUCAGUUUUACGCUCUGUUUCUCAGCGUAAAAAUAUUGCCAUUGGUUAGAAUUAAAAUCCUCAGUUUAAAUUUAAGUUAAAAUUAUGGGUCCAUUAAAAGUACAUAAUAUCUCUUGCUGAUUGGUUUGAAUAUCAGCUGUUCCCAAAUUUUUAGCGAUAAGAUUCCAACUUCCAAUCUUGUAAAAUGGACCUUGAGCUGAUUAUCCUCCAUUCCUCGCGCGUCCGAUACAUCCUUUUUAGAUCGACUUCAGAAUAUUAUCUAUAUCAUUGCCUUGAAACUGUUCCGCACUGACUGAUUCAGAUCUUCAAGUACGUGAUCAGGGUCCCGCUCAUCCAGACACUGAGAAACGAUGGUCGCCCGGCCUCGAAAAUAUUAUUUCUCAGCCCCGCGUGCCUCUUUGGCCAAAAAGUAUGGAUGGGGCCCGAGACCCAGAGUUCCACUGCUUCCUCCCCUAAAAUCCCCCAACGUUGCUACGCGCGGAACAAAAAGUCCUUUAUUUUUAACAGGCAUAUGUCUAUACCUUUUUGGAGGUAAUACUAAACGGUUUGAGUAGCAAAUCUAAUUCGCCAUCAUAAAGUUGUGCUUAUAAUUUCUUGCAUUCUUUUGGAUAAGUGGAUGCAUGCACCAACCACACUUGUGAGAAUGGAGCGACCUGUAAGGUGACGGGAAAGGACAGUUACAGAUGCCAGUGCCCCAAUGGGUACUUCGGGAACAAUUGUGAAAAAGGUACCGCUGAUAAGAACGGAAAAAAUUGGGCAGCUGCCUUGGUUCUUCUAAGUCAUUUAUUGAGAAAGAAGAGGCUAGAGUUUGUGUAUAUACAUGUUGUGGUUCAGUUAUAUCCGUUGUUUAAAUUUUAUUUUCCUUUGUUUCAAACUCAUAAUUAUUUGUGAACAUCGCGACGUAAUUGGCCAAUCAGAUCAAUAACCAGAGUAUAAUACCAUUUACUGAGGUGAUACAAUUCACUUUGACUCUGAAGAUGACAACCGCACAGGUUGUCGAAACGUCAGUCACUGUCAACAACAACGGUCCUAUUCAGGACUGAUCAGGACUGCGUUCACCCGGACGAUCAAACUCAACCUACUUUUCAUAAUCAUUUAUUAGCAUGAUCACAAGCAAACUAGGAAAACAGGAAGGAAGAUAAAAUUUAAACCAGGGGCUGAUAAAAGUAAGCCACAACAUAUAUGUUUGUUUCAGUUCACUCGCGGACAAGAGUUUUCAUUCAUGCUUUUCCUGGCCAAGUAUAAAAACAGGGGCACCCAACGAGAAUAUAGCUCAAAACCACUUAAACAUAGCAUUGUUAAACGUAUUUUAGUAUUUAAACGGUAAAUAUAGACAUAUUUUUAUCCCCUAAAAAUUUUUGAUCUGUUCGGAUUUCCUAGCUGAAAGUCUAGUGAUUCGAAAAUUAUAGGGAUCAAAACGUACCUUUUCGAAAAUUUUAGCCAGAAAAAAGGCUUCCGAAAAUUGUAGGUGACCUUUUUAGGGUAAAAAAUCCGUUAAAAAUAGGCAGUUAUACCAUUUUUUAGAUGUUCGAAAAUUCUAGGAGAGGCAGACAAGCAAGAAAUUUUGCAAAAAAUGUACCGAAAAUUCUAGAUCUGAAAUCGUCUUCCGAACAGAUAUUUUCCGAAAAUUGUCGUUGGGUGCCCCUGUAAAAACGAAAGUAACUACGGCUCUUUCUUCAUAACGGAAGAAUAUACACUAUGACCAUCAAAGAAACAGCCUGCUGAAGGGGUCCUUGGGUUAACCGAAAGCAACACAAACGAAAAACAAAAUAGAAAAACAACGCAUGCUUAUAUGUAGGCUUAGGCUUUGCUUGCGCGGACUUAUCAGUUUUCGCCCGCAAAGAAUUUGUAUUGGCGCAUGUCGAAGGAGUUUACCAUUUUAAUGAUUUAUUUUAGUGGAUGCUUGCACCAAAGCCCCUUGUAAAAAUGGUGGAAACUGCGUAGUAACCGGAGACAAAAAAUACAGUUGUUCUUGUACCAAGGGAUUCUUUGGAGAAAAUUGCGAGAAGGGUACGUAUUCGAGGCCCAGAGGGCUUGUAAUGUUAUUAUGGUGAUUAUGACAGAUGAGUUAUAUUAAAAUGGGAUUUUGCUGACCUUACCUUUACCGAUGCCUUCCUCAGUAAAAGAAUAGUCAUUUAUCGUGGUAGUCUCUUUAUCGUAAGUCUUAGAUAUAGUGCCUUUAGGCGAAAAAUGUUAAAAUGGAGCAAGGCGUAAACAUAGCCUUGUCCUCUACAACUUUCUCCUUAUAGCACGGACGAGAGAGCGCCCACAAGGUGUGUGGAAGCUGAUGGGCUCGAAUUCUGUCGGAAACUCAAGAAUUUUUCAAUUCGUUCUCCCACUCUCGUGACAUGAUGACGACAGAUUUAUACGCAUCGCUUACUAUAAAUAAAUUUUACUUACUCUAUUGUUACAAUACUGACUCUUCUCUUAAUUUAGUGAAUCGGUGCGCUGAUAAACCAUGCCAGAAUGGGGGCCAAUGCAACACGACUGGAGAUAAAACAUACCGCUGUAAAUGUGUCCAGGGAUAUUAUGGAGUCGACUGCGAAAAAGGUGAAAAUCAGUUUGACUUUUCAUCGUUCAUUUAUUGGAGAUUAUAUACAUCACAUACUAGAAAAAAUUAAGGUUAGCCAUGCAGCGUAACUGACGGAGUUAUUUUUUCUGAGAGUAAGAGUUUUGAAAUCUUCGGAGUUAGGGUGAUGCUCACGACGGGACGAUUGACAACAACGAUUUUCAAAUCAAAGUACCCCCUCCUCCCAGAAAAAAAUCAGAGAAGGGGUCCCUUCUCCGAUUAUGUUCUGAGGUGGGGGGGGGGGGGUCUGUACAUAUGCUAAAGUUAAAGGUGUUUCGAUAAAGUUUUUCGGAGGCAAUACCAAGAGACCAUGCCAAGAUUUUGUACUAGUCAUAGAGAUAUGUAGGGUGCGCAUUAAUUCUUAAUUCGAAAAAGGAUUAUUUAUUAUUAACGAAGUAUAAACAGAAUUUGUUGUGCGACAGUGCAACAGCAGUCUAACAGCAGCGCAGGGUCUCUUCCCCUCUCUCCGCCCGGCUUCGCAGCAAUUUUGCCAAAAUGACUUUUCAAACUUUGUUCUCGCUAACGAUUCCGCCGGCUACGCAGAAUAGAUUAAAAUUUUAUCUCCACGAAAAAGAGUUUCUAUGUUUUGCGUACAGUCUAUACAACAUAUGAGAGUAUCCAAAUCUACUCAAAUGACUCUCUUUUUGAAUUCUAUGUAUUUAAGUCUACCAAAUGCCUUUUAUCGAGCUGCUCUAAAGCAAAUAAUGUCUUCCCUUCCUGCUUCGUAUCGUUCCCUGCGAUAUAAUCUGAUCGACGCAUGCUUUGGUGCGAUUUUCAUUUCAGACUGUUCAUUCCCAAUCGAUAUUGCACUCGCAAUAGACGCAUCUGGAAGCGUUGGAGACCGUUCUUUCCAACUGGUGAGGGAAUUUCUGAAGCUAUUUACACAACAUUUCGACGUGAGUCAUAUGGUACGAUUUGCCUGCCUGCACUAUGAUCACUUCGUUUACAAAGACUUCUCAUUCAAAGAUGAACAGUUUCGCAACCAUACUAACUUGGAGGAAAAGCUGCAGAAUAUGUCGUACCCUUCAGGUGCGACGCUGACCCACCAAGCAUUGAUAGAAGUUAUCAAGUUCUUUGGGAUUGGCAAUGGCGCGAGGAACGCUAGCGAGGUUCGUCGGGUUUCAGUUGUUCUCACAGAUGGAAGGACGUAUGGUGGAAAAAGGAAACUUAUUCCGCCAGUGGAUUACUUGAAGGUACGUUAUAAAUUACAAUGAUCAAGAGAAAAUAAAGAAAGAAAAGUUAACGGUUGUCUACCAUAUUCUUGCUGGUGGUUUACCGUUAAAUCAAAUGGUAUGCAAAAAAUUUAGCAAUUUAGGCCUGCGAAUUAAACAAUUCAGCACGAGUUCGUCGAGAAAGUUAGGACGGGACUAAGAGGAGAGGACUUUUAUCAUUAGCACAAAUAAUCAGAUCUAUUUACUAGAAAGUGGCACGCAAAGCUUGAAACUAAUAUCGAAGUUUGGUUUGAGGGAUCCGUUUGGAACAUUCGGACCGGCAAAUCGGGCAUAAUAUUAGAAAACGGUCAUUUUUUUGGGGGAAAUUUAUCUUUCAGGUAUUUUUUUUCAACUCGAAAAGCGUCUCGUCCUGCCUCAUAUGCUACCUACGCCAUCAUCUUUGUGAAAUAACAAUUGAUUAUGGCCUGGUUUGAUUGUCCUUUUUCUUUCAGAAAUAUCAGCACGUCAUCAUCGUUCCUAUUGGUGUGGGAUGGGCAGUCAGCAAAGAAGAGCUCCAAGUUAUGGCUGGCGAUCGUAGGCAUUAUGUGCUAGUGGACAACUUCGAUAAACUCGCUAAUGCUAUGUAUGAAGUCUUGGACCUUGUGUGCACUUGGUAA